CAUUUGCUGAGCGAAUUAGUCCAAGUCAGAGUUUGCUCCAUUCGUCAGACGCCAACUCAACUGUCUGGUAUUGCCGCGCCAGUACACGACGUUUCCACUCACAUUAGACGUCGUCGUGCUUUCUCGAAAAUGCCUCUAUCAAUAAACGGCGACGGUGUCGUCUCGCAGACAACGCUAGCUGGCGUCGAGAUCACUGUACCCAUUUCUGUGUACGGUAUUUUCCUUCUCACUAUGGGAAUGGUGUUGGUCGCAGACUGGUGUUCUCGUAGUCUUACACACGAGUUUCUGUGGGGUGAGUUCUUCAUCAUGCUCCUAAUGAUAUCGUCUGUGGUGUGGAUGGUGUGGGUAAUGGUGAAAACGAGACUCGCCGUUCGUCGAGCAGCAGGAAUCUCACCCAAUGUUCCUGCACCCAAGCCUUUCGAGCGGGGAGCAAAAUCUCACGUUGAUCCUGGCACCAAUUUGCUGGUCAAGGCUCUUAUAGGCUUUUCUGCAUUCAGUUUGUUGUUGGUCAGUUUCCAGACUGCUGACGCUGUCGUUGCCCCAAACUCUUGUUCGUCUCAGGUCGCCGUUGUGUCUUGUCUUUGCAAAUUCGUCUACAUUCUGGUUCAAGUGUGUUAUAUUGUGUCUUCGCGGAGUCGCGUGUUGUUUAAGAAGAGUGUGGUGCACGGUGCGGCUGUCAUGCAAAUGGUCGUUGCGAAUAUUAUACUCUACAGUUGGACGUUCGUCAAAAGCAAAGAAGGGAUUCUGUCUCACGAUUCCAAGCCAAAAAGGGAAUUCUAUAAUAUGACUAAUACAAUAGUCGUAGACAACAACAGUGGUGUAACAAAUAAUUCUACUCACAGUCCCGAUGUUGCGGAAUGUCUUGGCACCACAUACAAGACUGUUUUCCCGUGGCUUUACCCAUUUUGUCUGGAAUUUUGUCUGACUGCGUCAGCCAUGAUGGCCGAACAAUGGUUGAAUUUGCCUAGCCCUCCGACAGACCCACGAGGUGAGGAUGAUUCAGCCAUGCAGUUAUCUGUAUCUGUUGAAGAGCACCGACCAGAGCGUCAAGAAAACUGCAACCACGACAGGACGAAGCCGAGCAAAGUUUGGGCAACUGCUGUUGGCAUGUUUACCUUUGUUGCUCACAUAGGAGUGAUAGCAUUCCUAAUGAUCGAAGAAAAGCCAGAACUAGCUUCAAAUGCCUGGUAUGCAUCGAAAACAGGUGCAGCAAUCUUUAUCAUUGUACUCUCUGCUUACGGACUGUAUACACUCGGUCGUUGCAAUAGAGGCUCUGUUUCAGAAGGACUACAUCUAGAUGAAGUUCUUCUUCUUAUAGCCAGUGUUGGAGUGCUAGCUCUGUCAUUGUUCAGAGGUUUCCCGGCAGCAGCCAAACUAGUAGAUGGUCCAGAAAAAAAGGAAGUUUCACGCGCCCUACUAGUGUUUUUCACUGAGAUUCCGGUUGUUGUCGGAAUCAUUACUCAAACUACUUUCAUCAGCAAGGCUCUGCAUCGAGAACCAGGAGAGCAUGGAUUUACAACAGCCUCUAUAGCCAUAGUAAUGGGUUGGCUGAAUUUUGGUUGGUGGUUGAGCAGCACGGUCCAUAUAGAAGGAAUGGACAAUCCUAUAUACAAGAACGGGACUACAACAACAAUCGACGCACUGCAAACGGGGAGAUUUGGUGAGUCCUCGUGGCUCGUCUUCUUCCUUCUCUGCUUUCCUGUGGUCAUCUUCUAUCGGAUUCACAGCGCUGUAGUGCUCUACAGAAUCUCUAAGGAACACAGCCACGCGACGGCAAACGAAGGAACGGAAUUGUCUGCCAUUGUCGACAUCGAGAGAAAUAUGAAAAGCAUGUUGGACCGCUGGGCCUACCUGAAACGAGAAAUGGAUAAAGUGAGUAAUCGGUGGAAUCAAUUUUACCAGCAAAACAACCCUACAGUGCAGCAGCGAUUACAUCAGCUUUCGCAGCAAGUUGAAGAAUUCAACCAGACAGUGAGAACAAGCACGUCCUAGUACACUCAGUCUAUCAUUGAUGCACAUGCAAUCAGUGACAGUUAUCUUGAUGCUCUUAUCUAGAGAAGGACUAGGCAUUAGGGUAACUUGGGAUUCAAAAUUGUUCAAAAAGUUGACACGUGAUAAUGAAUAAAUAAUUUAUAUUUUAUGACAUGCUGUGUGGAUUGUACCUGCUUACUGCUCAGAUACCUGCAGACUAGCUUACAAAGUGAUUUGACGUAGCUGCUAAAUGUUGAUAUUUACAAUGUCAACUGAUGUUUAGGUUGACAUUUAUUAUUUAAAUUUAAGAAAUUGCAAUGGUGUACUUAAUAAUUGAUCGGCUAAUCAAGCCACGUCAACAA